AUGGUGCUCAAGUCAUGGCUGGAUGUGCCGGAGGACCACGACUUCUCGAUCGAGAACUUGCCCUUCGGCAUCUUCUCGACCGCUGAGAAUGAAAACCCCCGUCCUGGAGUCGCUAUCGGAAGGUUCAUCGUUGACCUGGCAGCUCUGGUCGACAAUGCUGUGUUCAGCGGGAACUGCACCUGCCAGUUUCCACAAGCGACUCUAAAGCAGGGUGUGAAGCCGACCUUGAAUGAAUUCGCCGCGCUUGGUCGUGAGACGGUCAAUGCAGUGCGAAUGUUCAUCAAAUACUUGCUGGUGGAGAUGACGCCAAUCCUGAGAGACAACAUGUCGUUGAGGGAGAAAUGCAUCGUUGACACAACCGCCACUCCAGUGGAAAUGCACUUGCCGAUGAAGAUUGGUGACUUUACCGACUUUCUCAAUUCCCGGACGCACGCCAAAAAUACGCAUUCCACGUCGGAAACGCCGGUGAAUAUGUUCAACCCUCCUCGUGCGUUUACUGGUCGUGUAUCCAGUGUGGUGGUGUCUGGAACGCCAAUCAUCAGACCAAUGGGGCAUCUGAUAGACUCGAGCGGCAAAGCGUAUGCUGGGCGGUCGCAACAAAUGGACGUCGAGAUGGAGCUCGCCUUCUUUGUCGGAGAAGGAAUCCGACGGUUUGAGCGAGUCUCGAUCGACGAGGCCGAAGACCACAUCUUUGGAGUCGUUCUGUUGAACGAUUGGUCGACUCGUGACGUACAAGUCCCGGAAGACCACCCAUUCGCCGCAUUCAACGCCAAAUCGUUCGCGUCGACCAUAAGUCCGUGGGUCGUCUCCAUCGACGCCUUGGAGCCGUGGCGGACCCGGGCACAGCCCCAAGAGCCGUCCGACCUGCUGCCGUACCUGACGGACAAGAAGGAACUUGGCACGUUCGACAUCUCCAUCGGCAUGAGCUGGAAGUUGUCGCCUGAAGGAGAGACGUUCGAGGUUGCCACCAGUAACUUGAGCAAUGCGUACUGGAGCUUUGCCCAGAUGUUGACCCAUCAUGCCUUUGGAGGCUGCGAGAUGAGAACGGGAGAUUUGAUCGGGACCGGGACCAUUACAGGAGAGGACGCGGGCUCUAACUGCUCACUGGUCGAGCGGACUCGAAACGGGACCCAACCUAUUCACACGCCGGCGGGAAAUAAGCGGUUGUAUGUGCAAGACGGCGAUGAAGUCGUCUUUACCGGAUGGGUGGGGAACAAGGCUGACCCGACGCUUGCCGGGCGAAGAAUCGGUUUUGGGGUCUGUGCAGGAUUGAUUUUGCCGGCAAAGCCUUUAUAG